AUGGCUUUCCAGCAAGUGCCUGUCCGUAAUGUCAACAUUACGUCCGCCUUCUGGUCGCAAAUGCGGCAAUGCUCCAAAGAAAAGACCAUUCCAGCCAUUAUCAAAGCGCAAAAGUCCUUGCAGCAUUGGUACUGCCUGACGUGGAAAGAGGGUCACGAGAUCCAGCCUCAUCCUUUCUGGGAUAGUGACAUAUAUAAAAUCGUCGAAGCGGCAUGCUACUUUCUUAUGAAAGACAAGGACGACGAGCUGAUGGCUACUGUUGAGGAGGCGGCCGACAUGAUACGAGCAGCACAGCACCCGGACGGCUAUAUCAACUCUUAUUAUACAGUGCUUGGAAUCGACAAGCGAUGGACCAACUUACGCGAUAUGCAUGAGCUUUACUGUCUCGGCCAUCUAACAGAGGCUUGCGUAGCCUAUGAGACCCUCACAAACAGUGGACGGUUGUUGGAACCGGUACUGAAGGCCCUUCGACACGUUGAUUCUGUUUUUGGAGCCGAGCCGGGAAAGAAGAGAGGAUAUCCUGGGCAUCAGGAGAUCGAGAUUGGUCUUCUGAGGCUAUACGAACUAUGUGGUGAGCCUGUUUUGCUGAAGCUUGCCAAAUACUUCAUCAGUGAGCGAGGUCGGAGAGAUACCAAUGGUGAGACUUAUUUCGACCACGAAGCCAGAGCCCGGGGCGGAGAUCCAUAUGAUCACUUUGGUUCCGAGAUGAAAGCCUGGUUCCAGCACCCGCGGGAUUAUAGCUACAAUCAGGCUGAUCGACCCCUUGUUGAGACCACGGAAGUGAAGGGUCAUGCGGUGCGUGCAAUGUAUUACUACAUCGCAGCGACCGACCUGGUUCGUCUUACUGGAGACGAAGAGAUCAAGGCUGCACUGGACCGCAUGUGGAUGGACAUGACAGAGCGGAAAUUGUACGUCACAGGGGGUAUUGGAGCCAUGCGUCAGUGGGAAGGCUUUGGUGCCAAAUACGUUCUAGCUGAUACCGACGAGUCAGGGAUAUGUUAUGCCGAAACUUGUGCCUGCUUUGCGUUGAUUAUCUGGUGUCAAAGGAUGCUUCAGCUUGACCUGGAUGCCAAAUACGCCGAUGUGAUGGAAGUCGGACUGUAUAACGGCUUUCUUGGAGCCGUGGGAUUGGAUGGGGGGUCGUUCUAUUACCAAAACCCCCUACGAACAUAUACUGGCCACCCAAAGGAAAGAAGUGAGUGGUUCGAGGUUGCUUGCUGUCCACCGAAUGUCGCGAAAUUAUUGGGGUCAAUGGAAUCUCUUAUUUAUUCAUUCAAGGAUGAUCUGGUCGCCAUUCAUCUUUAUAUUGAGAGCGACUUCACAGUCCCGGAGACCGGUGUGGUGGUUUCUCAGAAAACAAAUAUGCCUUGGUCAGGCGACGUCGAGAUAAGCGUCAAGGGAACGACAGCCCUGGCAUUGCGAAUUCCAACCUGGGCAGAAGGAUACUCGAGCUCGGUUCAGGGAGAGGUCAAAAAUGGCUAUCUUUACAUUCCUCACUCUCAGGAUUUGGAAGUGAAGCUCUCCUUCACCCUCAAAGCACGAAAGCUCUAUCCCAACCCAGCAACAGAAAAGGAUCAGAUCUGUAUCACACGUGGACCAUUGGUAUACUGCAUUGAAGAUGUUGACAACGAAGUCGACAUUGACCAUGUUGGUUUGGUAGACGGCCCUGUGACUGACGGUGAACCAAUCGAUAUCGCGACGGUCAAUGAUGUGAUCCCAGUGAAGGCAACUGGCAGAGAAUUGGUAAAGGGGCAAAAUCAUUUGUAUGCAUCGGAGCCAUGGAAGUACGGCGACAAAAAGAAUCUUCUCUAUGUACCAUACUUUCUGCGGGCGAAUCGGGGCGGCAAGGGCGGGAUGACAGUCUGGGCUAAGCGACUAGAAGCCUCAUAGACCCUAGUUCCAGACUGGGAGCCUUGGGUGGUACGGAGUUCCUUGACCUUUGAAACAAAUCCGCCUGGCAAGAGCUGAGUCAGUAGUUUGCACAGCAAGAAUCCUAUUCAUUUGCCAGGUUGGA